AUUAAUUGUUCCCUCCCCAAACAAAACAUACUAAUUAUAUUUUAAACUUAUAGUUUCUUAAUUUUCUCCCCUUUUUUUUUUAGUAUUAUGAGUUCCCCUGCCUCCGGCUCCAGUGAUUUGGAGUUUGUUUCCCUUACCCGCCGUGAGGACAUUGUUUGGCCCGAGGUAGAGAUUGAUUCCACUUGUAGUGCAAUCAGUGACGCCUCUACUCUACCCUUACUCACUAGUACCCCCGCCCAAAGUGAAAUACCGGACACUCCUGCUUCCCCUGAUCCUGUAUUUGAGGCGUAUUUUGACGCCCAUGCACGACCUUAUAGUCCAGCCCCCCUUUCUACUGGUGUUGAAUCCGUUGGAUCUCGCUUGACACGAGCCAGCUCCACCCAGACCAACCCCUAUUUUCCGGAGGGUUUACCUUUGGAAGGCCAUCUUUAUAGUAUUCCGGCGCACAGUUCGGCUGAACAUUUGCUGAACAGUGAUCUCCCUCUUCGUCCCUAUGUUGAAACCCCCUGCGGCUGA